GUCACCAAAAAGGGGAAAAUUCCCCCCCAAAAAAAAUACCCUGAAUUCAUUCGAAAGGAGUGUCGAUAAAGUCACAGGAAAUUUUCUUAGCGACAGAGAUCUCUUCAUAGAAGUGGACAAAAAACAAAAAAUAAUCGAAGAAAUCGAAAAAAUGAAUCACCUGCAGUAUGAACAGAUCCACAAGUACAUCGAGACGUUAAGCGAAAAUGAUGUAUACGAAGAAAUUAUAAACCACAAAAUUCACCUGCACAAGAAAGGGAACGAAAUAGAGAAACUCAAAAAGUUGGUAAAAAUUCAGGAGUUUUUGAACCCGUAUAUUAUAAGCCAACGGAAGAAGAAGGCCAAGGGGAAGGUCGAGUACAUGAUUACUUGCAUUCUUAAGGGAGAGAAUAUCGAUCAAAUAAUCACUGAUAUGUUUAGGAAGAAACAAAUUGACGUCUACGUGCUUACUUUCAUUGAUGACAAGGUGAUGGAGGCGCAUGCCAAGUUGUUGCGCACCGGGGGGGGCGGCGUUCCCGGGGUUGGCAGCGUUGACAGGGGUAGCGGCGUGCCCGAGGGUAGCGCCCUUAGCGCCCCUGGUGGGGAGGGGGCCAACCGGACCGAACCCGGCGGAGAGGACCAAAUGAGCAUGACGGAGAAAAUGCUAAGGAUGCUGAAGGACCGAAUCGUGGCACAGCAGAAGCUGCAGGUGAAAGGCACCUUCGACUUCACCAGGGUAGUUUUCCUCUCGACCACCUUAGACAUGAAUGAAGAUAGGCAGCCAAUAAUAAAGUCCGCCAUUAGGACCAUAGAACAGCUGGAAGAGUUUGAGCUGUACUUACUAGACGCACUAGACUAUGCUGAGACAAACGAAAAAAUGAAGCAGUACGUCCCUCACUUGGAGCUGCUACUAACCACAUGUAAAAAAAUGAACCCCGUUUUUAACCAGCUCCUAAACAAACAGACCGAAAACGUCCGCUUCUUCCCCGAUAAGAUUGACAUGUCGCAGUUUAAGGAACUGUA